UCACGAGAGAGUAAAGAAUGUCAGCAGUACGUCAAUCGGUUACGCAAACGCAAAUUGCAGUCAGCUGGAUACGAGCGUCUGGAAGAGAAGAUAAGCAUGAAUGAUGUCGAAAUUCUCUUACGGAGAAUAACGAGGCCUUCUCAGUUUGAUCGUGCACUAUUCGGCCUUCGAUGUUUUAGGACACCCACCUUACAUUUGUUACUAGUUCGUUACGUCGGGCUCGCAACAUGCAUACCGCUCGGUGGCGGCCCUAGUGCGAUAUUGAUGCGUAUAACGGUCGCAGGGGCACGGACCUCCCAUGCAAGUGCCUGCACAUGCUCCAGAGCGCCCAAGACUUCAAUAGUCGAUGCCAUCAGACCUAACGUCAGCAUCAGUGCAGAACAAGACCCGUUUGUUCUCGAAUUGCUCUUUGGAGAACCUUCGGAGACAGAUGGCUAUGAGGCUUACCUGAAUAGCCAAAGGAGGGACAGAGUUUUGACACUUCUACGCCUGCAGGCAGGCAACGUGGUACGGUUCAUGUAGCAAAUAGUGGCCAAUGGGCGGUGAAUCCCGGAGAAUCUUAUGUCAGAUAGGUAGGGUAUAGAAAAUUUGCGGUAGCACACGCUUCGUGCGCCGUGGGGCUGCCUACGCCUUCGUCCACGUCGCAAGCCUGGGGCUUCAGUUCAAGACUGGAAUAGUUUGCGCACGAUCUUAGCAUAUCUCCCGUGCUUACUUGCCCUUAUACCCAGCCAGAGCGGCUGAAGCGUAGGUCUUCCCACAAUUUGGCUUCCGACCUUGCAGUAUAGCGAAUCGAACUCGGCAAUCUUCGCCAGUAGUCUUUCUUUCAUCUCAUUUUCUACUAC